AAGACAUCUACACUGCAGUGAUAUCAGGGACCAACUAAUUUUAAAAGACAUAAAGAUGAACAGCAAACCUGAAAACACUGGGUCAGAAGAGCUGAGGAUUCUGCUCUGGGGAAAAACCGGAGUCGGGAAGAGCAAAACAGGAAAUACCAUUCUUGGGAAGAAAGCUUUUAAAACAGAGUUCUCCCCAGAAUCUGUAACUAUGAUAUGCAGCAGGGAGACAGCAGAGUACAAGAAAAAAUCUCUGGUCAUUGUUGAUACUCCGGGUCUGUUUCACACCAGAAAAGAUAAUCAUUAUCUGAUGGAAUCACUGCUAGAAGGCAUCUUGAUGGUCCGUCCUGGUCCUCAUGUGAUCCUGCUUGUGAUGCAGCUAGGUGAAUUCACAAAAGAAGAUGUAACAGUACUGACAGCCUUCAAGGAGGUCUUUAAAGAUGCAUCACAUCACACCAUUGUCUUGUUCACCCAUGGUGAUGAAAAGAAAUUGGAGGUUGAGAAAUUCAUCAAAGUAAACAAACCUCUGGAGACAUUCAUCAAUGAAAACUCCGUGGGGUAUCACGUCUUUAACAAUCAAAGUGGUUUCAAAGACAUCCCCAACAACCCUGAUUGUCAAGUUGAAGAGAACGCUGAUCCUCAAGUUGAAGACCUACUGAUGAAGAUCACAGAGAUGGUGGAAGAAAAUAAGGGGAAAAGAAGAGAAUAUUACAGCAAUGACAUGAUUCAGGAGGCUGGGAAGAUCCUCACUGAACUGGAGUCUCAGCAAAACCUCCCAGAGGAGCAAUCCAGGUUAUCAAAACGGCUGCUUAUUGCUCGGGAUCAGCUGGGGGAACAUGUUUCUGGUUUUUCACAUGUGACAGAUUUCCUAAACAGUCUGGAAAAAUGGUCAGAGCAAGACAUUCACAGUCAGCAGACAUCACACAUCACCUGGUUGUAUAGGACCAACAUGACCAAGGACUCGGAGCUGACGGUUGUUCUUAUUGGGAGUGAUGGAGCAAAGAAUACCUCAGUCAUCAAAGCCAUCCUGAAGAGCUCAGAGCCAAAUGAGAAACCUUCUGAGACCCGGAUCCACAUUAAUAAGUGUGAGUCCUACUGCAUCGAGGUGGGAGGACACAACAUGGUUUUCUUUGACACUCCUGGUCUGUGUAACACAGAUCAACACGAAGAGUUGAUGAAAGAGAUCAAGACAUGCAUCUCAAAACCUGGUCGUCAUGUGUUCCUGUUCCUGCUGCCUUUAGGAAAGUUUACCAAAGAGAAGAAACAGAUGGUGGAGACGGUUAAAAGAACUUUUGGUGAGAAUGCAACAGACCACAUGAUUCUGUUGUUCACCGGUGGAAAUAUCCCUGAGGAACAUAAACAGCUGCUAGGCUUUAUUGAUGGCAGCGAGGAUCUCAAAGCCUUUGACAACGAGUGCAAAGGGAGACACGUGGCUUUUGACACGGAAGACGAAGAUCCAUCUCAAGUCAGCGAGCUCCUGAAGCAGAUCAGCGACCUGAACCAUGGAGACUGUUACACCUACAACAUGCUGAAGAAGGCUGAGAUCAGAGCAGGACUCAGGACCAGAGUUACACUGUCAGUUAAUGGAGGUGCUCUGGUUGGAUUAGGUGUUGGAGCAGCAGCAUCACACGUAGCCCAGGGCGUCUUGGGAGUUGGAGCCGGAGCCGCAGUCGGAGCUGCAGCCGGAGGCCUGGUGGGGGCUGUGGGGGUCGUUGUAGCACAGCACAUACUGGAAAAAUGUCUGCUGCGCUGA